AUAGUAUCUCGCUAUAAUUUUUUUUACUUUAUUGUUAAAUAUAUCUAGGUUCCUGCCUAGCAGAAUCGGUGGUCCACUACUACUAGAUAUGGAGGCCUAUUAAGUGAAAGCUUCUUCUAUUCCGUACAGAACUAUUUGAAACCUUCAAUACACACUUAAACGUACCUCAAUCAACCAAUCACGAGUUGGGACGGAUAUUUCUCCUUGAUUUCAGGGAGGGCAAUUUGGAACAACAGGUUGUGUUUCUUGAAGCCGACAGAUCUGUUCGCGUCUACACAGGUGAUAGACUGAUGGAAGAAUUUCAGGGUGCAUUAAACAGCUUCCAAAAGGACUGGUUACAGUUGCAAGAAAAGCACUCAUCACUGGUUAUGUCACUGUACAAACUCAAGGAGGAAGAGACAAGUUGCGUCCGUAGUGUUAAGCAUUGUCGAAACUAUAUGAAACUUUUGAAGCAUGAAAUUGCAAGUCUUCAAAAGAAUGCUACGGGUGAUGAGAUUACCAUACUUGAAAAAGCCAAAAUCGAUAUUCUUAAGAAAGAGUAUGUUUUACGGGAUAUUGAAGAUGUUUUACCUCGCACACCAGGUUUGUAUCUGCGUAUCGUACUUGGAGCUCUUAAUAUAUCGUUUGCUAACAAGGAGGACAAAUUCAGAUACAAGAAUGAUUACGAACGGUUUAAAAUCAUUAUUUCGGGAAUAUGUGCAUUUUUGGCGUUUCUGCUAUACUUUUACGUUCAGAAUAGAAUUGUGGAUACCAUUUUUCAUUUUCUAUUGGUAUGGUACUAUUGCACACUAACUAUUCGCGAACGCAUUCUUAUUGCCAAUGGGUCACGCAUUAAAGGGUGGUGGAAUAUAUCUCAUUUUAUGUCAACAGCCUAUUCUGGUAUUAUGCUUAUAUGGCCUAGAUCUCGUUCGUAUGAUGAAUUUCGUGAUCAGUUCAUGCUUUUUUGCUUAUACCUAAAUCUUGUUCAUUUUAUACAAUUUCAAUAUCAAAUAAGUUGCCUGUAUAAACUUCGUACUUUGGGUUGUCGACAUCCAAUGGAUAUAACUGUUGAUGGUUUCAUGUCAUGGAUGUUUCGUCGAAUUACGUUCGUCCUACCUUUCCUAUUUGUAGUAUACGGUUUUGAACUAUAUAUGGCUUAUAAUCUUUACGUCAUAUCCCAACAGAGCUAUUGUCACGAAUGGCAGGUCAGAUAUUAUUUAAAUGUUUGCAAAAUUACUUAAUAUAAAACUGAUGUCUUAUAAAUACAUACAGGCCAAGUGGCAAAUGAGAUUACAUUUUAUCAGCAUUUAGUGACCGAAUCCACUUUAUUGGGGGUUAAAAGGAACGAAAUAAAACUAAGUAACACUAAGUUAAUAUUAAUAUUUGUUAAAGUUCCAUGCUUGUUAUUAAUUAAACGUAUUUAUGCUUCUUAAGAUGCACGGAUAACAGAAAGCAGCUUCAAUCAAUCACAGAUUGUGGUUUAACUAGAUUCGCACUAUACAUUCAAUUGUAGGUGUUCUGUUUGUUUCACAACAUUCCUUUUCAAAACAAUGUUUUAUUCAAAUAAUUGACAAAACCUGUGUGGUCUUUAUUGUCUUUUGUUGAAUUUUUCUGUCUUUAUCCAUCAGCGUCAGAUUUUCAUGUAGGAAGUGGCAUAGUAAGCUUUUUUCACCAAACAUCUUUACCUUCGUAACUGUCCAACGUUUCAGCAAGUAGACUUCUGAAAAAUACUAUAAUGCUUAGCGACCUACCAGGUUUUCCGAAAGCUUCAGUAAUACGAUUAGAAUGUUGGAUAAACUUUAGUACGAUAGAAAUAGUUUGUACCAGCCUACUGUUAGCGGAUAUAUAUGGAGAUUUGCUUGGUCUCUCUAAUAGUUUGUAAUCCGAUUUUUCACUUGGUGGACAAUGUCAACAUCAGUGGUUCGAACAGCCAUCUACUUCAUGGAUCAUCUCAGUCUAUUUAGCUGGCCGCUUAAAGCUCUUUCUCUACAGUUAAUUUUGAAAACCAAAGUAAAAUAGUCAACUUCUUAUUAGAAAUGAUUGACAUUCUAAGCACUUCAGCCGGUUGAUAUUCACAUCAGCAACCCACUCUCUUCAUUCACUUAAGACUCUACACCUAAAUUCGAUAUUUUUUACUUACUAGUCAUAAAACAUUCCAGCAAUGCUUAAGUAGAUUUGUUUGACUCACUAAUCUAUUCUCCAACUUUUAUUUACUUGUGCAUACCAAAUAACUAGAGGAUCAUUUUAGUACCUAACGACAAACAAUGUCUUUAGUGGUGAGUUUUGUUGUGAAUCGUAUUUUACCUACAUUACUGUCAGUUAUCAAAAAAUUCAAUCUCUAACCUAAAAGAGUACAAAUGAACCGACUCAACUCAUUUCGCAAAUUGAGCACAGUUAUUUUGUUUUUUAAAAUACCUUUUUCAUCUUAAGUGAUUUUUUACAGUUGUCUUUUAUUAUGUUAUGCUAAUUAAUCUUGUAUUUAAAUAGUGACGUUUAUAGAUUUCACCUCAGCCACUUAGUUUCACAACAUCUUCGAUUUACACCCAGAUGGUUUUUUCGGAUGAAUCACUGGUUCAUUUUAGAACGGAUCAUAAGGAUUUAACAUAUAUCGUCUGAUGUUUUUUUCCGUACGAUGUCGAUCUUGGGACUUAAUAAUAAUAACAAUAAUUCUAGCGGUAUAGCAUGAAUCCAUUUUAUUUUGUUGAUUUUCGUCAGCCGCUUACAGCCUCUAAUAUUUAAAAAUCAUAAUUACAACAUGGGUUUAAAUUAAUUACAUGAGAUAGUUUAGUCGGAAGUUAUGUUGAAAACAUAUUAGCAUAGCAAGGGUGUAAAUAAAUUUAAUAGACUGAGUAUUGUAAAUAUAUACCUCAUGUAAUAGAAAAUUCCACAACAUUGAUUGUGACAACAGUUCAAAUGGCCAGAAACAAGUGAUUACGUAAUGAGUAAACGCCGAUAGGAAUAAAAUGAGUAAAGCUCAGUUAGUAAAAUAAGAUCACUGAUCUGGAAGAUAGUUGAAAUAAAAACUCAAUGAUGUAAUAAAUGCAAGAAAUUUAGAAAAGUUUAAGAUGUAACAAAGGUAUAUUUGUCGCCAAUCCAAGGAAAGAAUAAUAACCAUCUCAUUUUGAACACGUAAAUCAGGUUUUUGACGCCUGACAGCAACAGCUUCAGCAAACUUCAGAGUUGAGUUUGGCUGCUUAUUAAUAACCUUGACAAAUUGAAAGGUAUCGACCUGAUGUCCUGUAUCUAAGAUAUGUUUGGUAAUUGCACUGUUUAGAGUCGUUUUUUCUCUUGUUGCAAGGCUUUUUGGAACAUGCUCAAAAAACUAAAAUAUACCCUUCUUUCUGUUCGCCAAUGUAGCUGCUUUGGUAGGUACACGUAAAUUUAUAAGUACAGUUGGCAUUAACGUGAAAGGGGUGCUUGUCAACCUUUGAUUAGGUUAUUGAACAUGUUGUUUUAUACAGAAUUAAUGGUUUGGUUGCCGGCUAAGUUCUGGCCAGUGCAGUGUUAAACCUCCUGUUGAUUGUGCUUGUGACGUCAUCACCUUUGAAGUUGAGAUUUAUGGAUAUUGGUUUUUUAUUGACUGUAAUCACUUCCGUCUUGUUUUCUAUAGGUUAUAAAUAUAUAUUUGAUAACAAUAUUUCAUGUUUUAUUACUAUUCACAUUUAUCAUACUGACUAAUAAUCUCCCUUUGAUGUAAGUUUCAUUUCAACAGUAUUAUUUCAUUAAAAUCAUAAGCCGAUUUAUGUUAAAUCAUCAUUAAAAAUCUAAGCGGCCGUUUUGUCCUAACAUGGAGCUCCUCAGCAGUGUGCAUUAACGACUCCACACGCACGAAUUGAACUCAUAAUCUACGGUCUCGUACGUGAACGCUUAAUCUCUAGACCACUUAGUUGGGAUCAACAACCCUAUACUAAAAAUAAAUUUUAUUAUUUUUUGUUUAGCUGUAAAUAUAAUUAGUGAAUUACAUACACAUUUUCUUUUCGACCAACGAUGAUCAUUCUGAUAACUUACUGUAUAAUGAUUAUAAUGUAUUUUCUAUUAAAGGUACCUGCUGUAUCAGUCAUUUAUUUCAUACUAGCAAUGGGAAGUAUUGUGACAGUUUUACAAGUGAUACGUCAAAAGAUUUGUGCACCACCGCCUAUUGUACUUCAUGAUCAUUUAACGAAAAAGUAUAGUUUUGCUGUACCAAUGAAAAUUUAAGGCUUAUGACGAAUUCGGUGAUAAUGAUGAUACAACAACAGAAAAGGUCAUCACAUAAUUAUCGUGUAUACAUACUUGCUGAAUUGAAUUUCUGUGUAUCAUUUAUUAUGAAAAUGUUUCCCUUCUGUUUUGUAAAGAAAAUAAAAUAGAAUCAUUUAUAGCUUAUCUCUUUUCCAAUAAAAAAGGUGUCUGUGUUGAUUCCUAUAAUUCCUGUAUGUGUUUUUAAUAUAUACUAUUGAAAAUAUAUUAUUUACACAUUCUGUCAACUCAAUUUCUUCUGUUUGCAUACUUUUCUUAACUCUGCAACAUUCUCUCCGACGUUAAAAAGCGAAUUAAAGUUACAUUUUUACUAUACCUUUGAAGUUUCGUCUUUUACAGUUGACGUAUACAGAUAUUUUUCUAUUAUGUAUGUAGUGCUGUGUAUAUGACGAUCAUCCUUUCUUUUGCUUCGCAAGCUAAUUUUAUAGUUGGCUAUCAUCAUUGAAGAACAAAUUUCCUUAUCUUUACUCACUAACCAUUUUUAUAUUUGAUCCAGAUAAACAAGACAUUGGACAUUUUAUUACCUUCACUACUUGUUUGUUCAGGUAAAUUAUAAUAUUUUAUUCUCAAAGAUUUCAUACUUCUAUGAAUUUGGUGAUCAUCUUGUUGUGCUAAUGGGGUGAGGCAACUUGGACCGAUGCAUAUAUGUGCCUGGUCCUACUUUGUAGCUGACUGACUCAUACUUAAUGUAUUAUUUAUAUUACAUAAGCUUGGAUACUAUGUAUUCUCCUCGUUCUCCUAAUUUAUUGUAUAAAUUAUUAUUGUACAUGUUGUUUAGCUUGUAUAUUUCCAAUUAGUGUUUUUUUAAUUCACAUAUUUUGAUAGUAUGGAAAGCGUAGUUUCAAAAUUUUAAAUAUCAAAGUAUAUUCAUUUCAUUAGUUUAAUGUUGUCUUGAUGAAAAAAGAAUAUAUUCUAUGACGUAAA